CGAGCGUGUAGAUCAGAUGAGGUCGCGUGAUCGCAAUGCAUCGCUGCUGUAGCGGGUGCAUGCACAUCAAAGCCCUGGGUAUAUGGGUAUGGCAGAGCUGAUGCGUGUAUGAGCCGAGCACUGCCGCGCACUUCCAGGAUCGAUCGCUCGAUGCAGAUCUAAUCAUGUCAAGCGGACAGGACGAGAGCGCAGUGCGCGUGGCGCUCAGGAUUCGUCCUCAGCUGGCAAAGGAAAAGAUUGAGGGAUGUCACAUCUGCACAUUUGUGACCCCUGGCGAACCCCAGGUGGUUCUGGGAAAGGACAAGGCCUUCACGUAUGACUAUGUGUUUGACAUGGACUCGACACAGGACACCAUCUAUGCCAACUGCACUGAGAAACUCAUCGAAGGAUGUUUUGAGGGUUAUAAUGCCACUAUUUUUGCCUACGGACAGACAGGGUCGGGGAAGACGUAUACGAUGGGCACGGGCUUUGACGUGACCAUACCAGAUGAGGAGCUGGGCAUCAUCCCGCGGGCGGUCAGUCACCUCUAUAAAGGCAUCGAGCAGAGAUGCCAGGCUGCCGCAGAUCAGGGUCGACCCGUCCCAGAGUUCAAGAUCAGCGCACAGUUUCUGGAGUUGUAUAAUGAGGAGGUGUUAGAUCUUUUCGACACCACACGUGACAUUGAGAUGAAGAAGCAGAAAUCUCACAUUAAAAUCCACGAGGACGCCAGUGGCAGCAUCUACACUGUAGGCGUGACAACACGCACAGUCUCCUCAGAGGCGGAAAUGAUGCAGUGUCUGAAGCUGGGCGCUCUCUGCCGCACCACUGCUAGCACUCAGAUGAAUGUACAGAGCUCUCGAUCUCACGCCAUCUUCACCAUUCACAUCUGCCAAGUGCGUGUUUGUGCACCCGCAGAAAGCCCUCCAGAGCAGGAUAAUGAAACCGACAAUCGACUGGCCAACAGCUCGUCUGAGAUGGAAGAGUUUGAAACCCUCACAGCCAAGUUUCACUUCGUGGAUCUGGCUGGAUCAGAGAGACUCAAGAGGACGGGGGCCACAGGGGACCGAGCCAAAGAGGGCAUCUCCAUUAACUGUGGAUUGCUGGCAUUAGGGAAUGUCAUCAGUGCUUUAGGAGACAGAAGCAAACGAUCAACUCAUGUGCCUUACCGAGACUCCAAACUCACUCGCCUUCUGCAGGAUUCACUGGGAGGUAACAGUCAAACAGUGAUGAUCUCCUGCACCAGCCCAUCAGAUCAGGACUUCAUGGAAACCCUAAACACACUGAAGUACGCUAACAGAGCUCGCAACAUCAAGAACAAGGUGGUGGUGAACCAAGACAAGGCCAGCCAGCAGAUCAGUGCACUCAGGACGGAGAUCGCCCGACUGCAGAUGGACCUCAUGGAGUACAGAACGGGGAAGCGUAUGGUCGGAGAGGAUGGGCUGGAAAGCAUCAACGACAUGUUCCAUGAGAACUCAAUGCUGCAGAUAGAGAACAAUAAUCUGCGCAUGCGUGUGAAGGCCAUGCAGGAAGCCAUCGAUGCUCAGGGCGCUCGGCUUACGCAGCUGCUCAGUGAACAGGCCAAUCAGGUGCUCUCCAGAGCAGGUGAAGGCAGUGAGGAGAUUGGAAAUAUGAUUCAGAAUUACAUCAAGGAGAUUGAGGAUCUGAGAGCCAAACUUCUGGAGAGUGAAGCAGUGAAUGAAAACCUGAGGAGAAACCUCACGCGAGUGUCCAGCCGUCCUCUGUUUUACGGAUCGUCUGGAACAUUCUCUCCAGCCCUGCUGGGGCCCGACCCGAGCCAAGAGACCUCCGACAUCAUUGAGAUCGCCAAGAAAGAUCUGGAGAAACUGAAGAGGAAGGAGAAGAAGAAAAAGAAGAGACUCCAGCAGCUGCUGAGUGACAAGAGAGAGGAGGAUGAGGAGGAAGAGGUGGAGGAAGACAGUGCCAACAGAGAUGAAACACAUGACGGCGAACAGAAGAUUGGCGAGAGAGAGCGGUUAGAAUCCACCAAUCAAGAGCCAGAGAUGGAGGCCAGUGACCGUGAGGAGGGGGAUGGAGAGGAAGACGAGGAAGACGUUGAGGAAGAGGACAUGGAUGCGGAGGAGAGCUCAGAUGAGUCGGACUCUGACCUGGAUGAGAAGGAGGACUUCCAGGCAGAUCUGGCCAACAUCACGUGUGAGAUCGCCAUCAAGCAGAAGCUGAUCGAUGAGCUUGAGAACAGUCAGAGACGUCUGCACACGCUCAAGCAACAGUAUGAGCAGAAACUCAUGAUGCUGCAGAGCAAAAUCAGAGACACGCAGCUGGAGCGAGACCGUGUCCUGCACAACAUGGGCUCUGUGGAGUCAUGCUCUGAGGACAAGACCAAACGGAUAAAAGCAGAGUAUGAGAAGAAACUCGGCGUCAUGAACAAAGAGCUCCAGAAACUACAGGCGGCUCAGAAGGAACACGCUCGUCUACUGAAGAACCAGUCACAGUACGAGAAGCAACUGAAGAAGCUACAGCUGGAUCUGGCGGAUAUGAAGAAAACCAAAGUGCGUCUGAUGAAGCAGAUGAAGGAGCAGCAGGAGAAGAGCAGGAUGGCCGAAUCCCGCAGGAACCGAGAGAUCGCCACACUUAAGAAGGACCAGCGCAAACAAGAGCAUCAGCUAAAACUGCUUGAAGCUCAGAAGAGACAGCAGGAACUUAUCCUGCGCAGGAAGACUGAGGAGGUGACCUCUCUGAGGAGACAGGUGCGACCCAUAUCAGGAAAGGUCACACGAAAGGUGAACCUGCUGGAGGCAAGCCAGGACCUCUCUCACAGACCACCUGCAGGUCGCACAUACUCGGCCUCAGGAGCACCUAAUGGAGCCAGAUUGUACCAUCGCAGGCCGGUUGGGGCGUACUCUACCCGAGUGGCUCGUGGGAAAUGGCAGAGUCUGGAACGCCGUGUCUCAGAUAUUAUCAUGCAACGCAUGACCAUUUCCAACAUGGAGACCGACAUGAAUCGUCUUCUAAAGCAACGUGAAGAGCUGACGCGCCGGCGAGACAAGAUCGGCAGAAAGAGAGAGAGACUGCUGGCAGAAGAACCGGAGGUAGAAAAAGAGGUUCAGUCUCUGAAUGAGGAGCUGGAGUCUCUGCUGGCCAACAUUGACUACAUCAACGACAGCAUCUCUGAAUGCCAGGCCAACAUCAUGCAGAUGGAGGAAGCCAAGGAGGAGGGUGAUGCUGUUGAUGUCUCGGCUGUGGUUGGUUCCUGCACUCUGUCUGAAACUCGAUUCCUACUGGAUCAUUUUAUGUCCAUGGCUAUCAACAAGGGUCUGCAGGCUGCUCAGAAAGAAUCUCAGAUAAAGGUGUUGGAAGGGCGUCUCAAGCAAACUGAGAUCAACAGUGCCACCCAAAACCAGCUGCUCUUCCACAUGCUGAAAGAGAAGGCAGAGUUUAACCCAGAACUGGAUGCGUUGUUGGGGAACGCUCUGCAAGAAAAUGGUGAUAACAGUAGUAGCGACGAGUCAACCCUAAGUCCUGCAGUGGAAGGAAACACCCUGGCCUCAGACCUCAUGAAGUUAUGUGGCGAGACUAAAUCUAGGACUAAGGCCCGAAGAAGGACCACUACUCAGAUGGAGUUACUCUAUGUAAACAACUGUGACUCUGGCCCCGACACACCAACAAGAGACUUUUCCGUCCCUCUACACCCAAUGGCUGAGACAUCCGAGGGAGCUGGAGACCUGGAGUCAGCUGGAAAUACAGUCAGAGAUCGGGACUACAUGCUCCCUACUGCUUGCUUGUCCUCUAGAAUGGGCAGUAUGUAA